AUGGCGGACGCCGAGACCCUGGAUGACUUCGCCGGCAGGCUCGGUGGGAUGGCGGCGCGCUACGCGGCGUUGGGCUCGACCCUGGAGGACGCCGCCCUCGUCAAGAAGCUGCUCGACUUGGUGCCAAACCGCCUGUACCCGGCGGUGGCCGGGAUCGAGCGGUUCUGUGACGUCGACAUAAUGGCGUUCGAGGACGCGUUGGGUUGGCUGAAGGCCUUCGACGAGACACUGCGUCGGCGCGGGCAGGACGGAGGCAACCACGGCGGCGAGCAGCAGAUGUUCACCGCGGCACAGUGGCGGGCGCGCGAGCGGCAGCGAGGCGGCGCUCGGGACGACGACGACGGGGCGCGCAGCGAGGCGUCGGGCUUCGGCGGCUACAGACGAGGCCGGUGCUACAAGUGCGGUGAGCGGGGCCACUUCAAGCGCGAUUGCCCGCAGUGGAAGAAGGCGCCGACGGCAGAGCGGGCACUACUGGCGGACGGCGACGUCGAGGACGCCGGGCUGCUUUGA